AUGGUCUUCGAAGAGGAAGCGCUCGCGCAAUGUCGUAAUUUCCGUCACCAACAACCUCUGACAGUGGCAUCGAUGAUGUCGCAAGGCCCUGCGUUGCUAAACGUACAUACACCCUCCUCCUCCUUCACGAUUAUCCAUUGUAUAACUCAGGAUUCUUUGGACAGCCUUUACGACAAGCUGCGCAAGAAAGUCCAUUCAAUGCACUCUCGCAGCCGAGUCGGUCCUGGUUGGCUGAAAUACGAGUUCAAUGAUACGAUAUGGAAUUUAGAUGAUGAUUCAGACUAUACUAUCUUCGUUUGGCGUCAAAAACAGCAAAAUCCUCCUGAAAAUGACCCGUUGGGAAUGGCAGCCUCGAUAUCUUCGAUCGCUAGUAAUAUCGCGUGUACCCCAACCCUCCAUUUACAUGAUCCAUCUCAACCGUUACCACAAGCUCCUGAGUAUACGAAUCCAUCCUAUUACGCCUUCAAACCUCCUCGACACCCAACUGGCCGCUCUACUCCUUCUCAACACUCUGUUUCUACACGUCGAAAGUCAAAGAAAGCAAAAGGAAAUGGUAGUAUUUACCCAGGUGUUAUAGGAGAAGGAGAUGCAGUGCCAAAACACAAGCAUGAAUUCAACAAAUUUCACAGCGAAAAUGGAGUCAGGACGGUUAUGGGCAGUAUAGGUCCUGUUCAGAAUGUGCGGAUGCUUCUCAGGUCAGGCUAUAGGCACGUUUAUAUCUCCCGCAAGUUUGCAUUAGAGCACGGCUUCAUACCAGCAGAUGCUGCUCCCGGUCAUUAUGGCUAUGGAGGGCUAGUCAACCUGGGCACAUGGCCUAUCACCCUUACACCCUCAACAUCACAACCUAACACGCCGGCCUCUUCAAACCUGAACGGCCCUAUAAAUAACACCGCUACUCGCAAGAAAUCUAAAGACCUCAAAGGUCCCAAACUAACGCCCAUGACUGUCUAUCUUUCAGAAGAACCUCAUUUUGAUGUAGUCCUAGGCCGAUCUUUCAUCGAAAAGCGACAAAUACGUACGACGGCGACCGAUAUGACUGACGUGGUGUGCAUGGAUACUGGCGAGAAGAUCGAGUGCGAACUGGUAAUAUUGAAAGAUGGCAGAGGGGAGAUUGUUACGGUAACUUAG